AUGUUAGCAGGUACAUCCACGGCCGCCGUCGUGGGCCUCGCGGCAUCCUUCAUCGGAGCCAGUAUCUGGGGAACGGCAGGACUGCCCUUCAUCAUCGGCUCGUCGAUCGGAUUCGUCUUGGGGAGCACCAAGUGGUACUUCGCAGCCGAGCAAGAGGCUUUGCUCCAGCUCGACAAGUAUCCUUCCAUCCUACGUCUGCAUCUCGUCUCCAACUUCCCGUGGAAGCCAGAGCUGGGUCGACGGAGUAUCGAGUGGUUCACGGCAACUAGGUUCAGCGCAAAUUGGCAGAUGAAGAGUAUGCUGAUUGCCGCGUGGCUGACUGCUCAGCCGGCAUUGGAUGAGAUUCGGAAUCGGAGUGAAGCGGAGCUUGUUGAGGCAUACUCGAGGCAGCGGGUUUCUCAAAGGCAAAGUUUGGUGCAAUCUGACGAGGAUAAUGGCGAUGACGACGUUCUGUCUAGGUAG